AAAAUUUAUCAUAGACAUAUGUCACUAUAUCUCUCUCUCCAUUUCUUCAUUAAUUGUGUAUAAUGAGUACAAUGAAUUAAGAAUGUGUAUAAUUUCAGUAAUUGGUUAGAUAUAAAGCCAGAUAAUUUUUUAUUGAGGUAAUGGAUGCGUUGGUAACUGAAAUUCCCCGAGAGGAAGCCAAUGGUGCUGUUCCUGAGGAUAAAGGGUCGCCAGAUAAUUCCGAGUACGACAGUGCAGAUGCCGAUAGUUACAGUGAUAAUGAUACAAAUACAAAACAACGUUCUAGAGGUUCUGAUAAUGAUGAAAACAGUAAUUCUGAUGAUGGCAGUUUCAUACUUGAAAGGGAAGAAGGUGAUGGUCAAGAGAGCAUACCAAACAAAAAGGUUGAUGAUGAUGAAGAUAAAAAAAAUCCUCAAUAUAUCCCAAAACGGGGAACUUUUUAUGAGCAUGAUGAUCGAACUUUAGAAGAUACUGAAGAAAAAGAAGAAGUAGAAUUGAUGGAAAAAGAUAAAGAUGGGAAGAAAAAAGUUUGGCAAGAUAAAAAGGAACAAUGGACUCAUGAUAGGUUUAAUGAACCAGAACAAGCUCCUAAAAGUAGAUCAGAAUUAAUUGCCAUCUAUGGAUAUGAUAUAAGAAAUGAAGAAGGACCACCAAGGGCUAGACGGCGUAGGAAAUAUGGUCGUGGACCAAAUAAAUAUACACGUAAUUGGGAGGAUGAAGAUGCUUAUAGCAAACCACCUGCAACAACUCCAAAAAAGAGUGGCAAAAAACCUAUUCCAAGUCAAACUCUUGAGGAAUUUCCACCAUUAAUAAAUAACUCUGCUUCUGAUCAAAAUUAUGAAAACAAGGAUUUAAUAAAAGAUGAACAGCAACAACAACAAGUGAAACGAGUUGACAUAAGACAUGACCAGCCUAAAGAGAGAACAGAUUCUCAAUCUUCGAGGUUUGAAAAUUCAUCAAAUAAUGUCGGUUAUGAAGAACAUUACAAGAAUAAUCAACGCAUCGGAUCCGGUCGAAUCAACAAUGUGAAGAAAGAACCCAACGAAUCAGAAUACCACGGAUUCACUACUAAAUCUAGAAAAGUUCGAAACAGAAAAAUAACUUCUCAAAAAGUUUUACCUGCAAAUAGGAAAGAUGAUUUUAUUCAAUCGCAGAAUUUCUCAAAUAGAAACAAUCAAGAUUUAGAGAAAGAAAUGAGUAAACUGAAUAUCGACGAUGGGAGUAGAUCAAAUUCUAAUAAAAAUAUCAGUAAUACCGCUCAACAACGUCAAAGCAGCGUGCCUCCAAGAUUGCAGUCAGAACAGAAAGGUUCUAAAAGAUAUAGUUCGAUGAGACAAAAGAGUUUGCCAGAAAGGAACACACCACCAUUAACUAAUUAUCAGCAUAACCCUACUUUUUAUCCAAAUGAAUACAACCAACAAUCGGUUCCAUCCUCCGCCCAACCCCUCCUCCAUCAAAAUCCUCAAAUGCUUUCUUCAACUACCCAAGUCGCUCAUGUCGCUCCCCUUCAACCGACGCCGCUUCCUCAAGUACCGGUAACCGCCGCUCCCCUACUGCAAGCUGCUACGUUUGCCCCGCAACCCUAUCCUCCACCGCCGACCGCUUUUAUACAGUCCGCGGCCGUCGCAGGGCCGCCUUUCAUGCCAGCCCCUCAACCUGCGCAGCUUAUUAACUUUGUACCCAGCCAACCGACUUUUCAACCUAACUAUCCGGGAUAUCAGCAACCAUUUAAUGCAGUGACUCAACCAGCGGAGCUCUAUCAACCUCAAGGCGGCAUAACUUAUUACUCGACCGAUCAGCAACUAGCUCAACGUCAUGUGCCACUAAAACGUCCUAAAGCAGCUAUACCUAUUGUAGCACCACCGUCCUACGACAAGAAAGACGAAUAUAUUUGUAAUCAGAUGGAUAACUCUCAAAUGGAUAACUCUCAAAUGGAAAAUAACGAAACUCUUGAGCUGCAACAAUGACGUGGAGAAAACUUUUAUUAGAAAUUUGUUUGGAGACUUCAUUUCUAAUUGUGUUAAAUACAUAUUAAAGAGAUUAAUUUAUUGGAAUUACCAACUAUUACAGCAAAGCAAACUGAAUUGGAUAAGGAAAAAGACAACAUUUAUUUAUUUAUAUUUAUAAUCAAAUUUGGGAGGUACCCAAUAUAUAACUGGGUCAAUUUUAACAGGAUAUAUUUAGACUGCCAUUAUUAUUCUUUAUAGUUUUGAUUAUCUAACAAAAAGCGACCCUCUGUUAACUUUUAAACAAUUUAUUAAAUAAAUAAGGCACAGUAUAAGUAAAAAUACAGUAGCGACAUACAUUUCUCACAUUCUCCCCUCUUUCCCAAACUAAUCAAGAUUGGAAAAUAAACGAAAAAUAGUAAAUAAUAGUAAUCAAUCCCAUAACUAACUGGCAAUCUCUUGUCUGAUUUCCGCCUCUUAUUUUUCUUCUUGGUGUUGUGAAUUUUUUGUAAUAAUUUCUUCUAAAGUUGAGUGUUUUUCCAAAUACCUUGUUUCUAACUUAUGACAUUCCGAUUCACAUACUUCAAGUGGAAAUAAACUCUGGAAUGGUCGAAUACAUUCAUACUUUUGACUUUAGUUACUCUGGGCAUUUUAUCUUUUUAUUGAUAUAUUUUUUCUAAAGGCCAAUAUACGCGUUUUCUACUAUUAUUGCCUAUAUAAACUAUAUAAUAAUAAUAAUAAUAAACGUUUUUAUUUAUACUAAAUAUAGAUUACAAAAAUAAAGUGCACAAUAGUGCACUGUUGAUUAGUUGAGCCAAGUAUUCCGUUUUGAAUCGUUUUCUAAUGUUGUCUUGAACCUUCUGUACAUGUCUCUGUUUAACAAUGUUUGAUCGAUAGUAUCCAAAUCUGGCACCUCUCAGCUACUUCCUGUAUCGUGGAGAAAAGUAGAAGGGCUUAGUAUGAAGUUGAUCGUAUUAAGGAGGCUGUACGACAGAACAAUUUAGCGAAAAGAGAACCGGUUGCGAUGAAGAAGUGUCCUUGACAAUUAACAUACGCCGGUUUAGGUAUUUGCCGUUUAUUUUCGGACAUGCGCCGAAAAAUAUGGACCCUCUCAUAAACAAUGAACUGUUACUACUGUAUUAUUACUUAUACUAGGAUUUUAGUGAUAUUGGAUAUCACACUAAAGGAUGUCAAAGCCACUUUUCUAAUUUGAUUGUAGACAAAGUAAACUGCGAAAAGAAUUCUUUAUAUGAAGAUAAAUAUAUUGUCCUACAACUAAGAUAUAAUGAUUACUUUAUAUAGUAAGAGGAAUUAUUUGAGGUCAAAUAGAUAAUUAAAUAAUUAUUGAGAGACUUAAAAGUAACACUUAUGUUAGCGCACAGUUAAUAAAAAGUUUCUUUCCAGAUAUUUCAAACGGUAUCAAAUAUCUUAAAAUAUGUUUUAAGAUAAAUUGAAAAAUAGAUGCAUUAUUAAGAUUUUUAGUAUCUACAAAGUAAGUGUAUCUCAAAAAGUCUACGGAAAACUUUUUUAUUUCUCAGAAAAUUUUAUUUUUAACAAAAUUUUGUGCAUGACCUAAAACCCUAAAAAUCAAUAUUUAUUAUUGCAAAUAUGAAAUCAUGGCCACCUAGAACAUUGCAGAGGCAUAUAGAAAUUCUAUUUGAUAAGAAAAAGUGAUCGGCCUGUGGGGACGUUAAAAUUUUCACUAUGGCGGCACCUAACCUGUUAAUAUACCCUUUUUACAUAGAUUAAAAAAAUGAAUUUCGUGUUUUCUUAGUGUAGACUUUUUGAGACACUCUGUGCACAAGUAUCUAAAACAUAUCUUCCAAAUUAUAAGCUUGUGUAUAUAUUGCUUCUCCGGGGAAACAAUGACGCAAGUUCAAAUAAAUAUGACAACAGUACGAAAAAAUGUUUUUUAUAUGGUGGAACAACGACAAUUAUAAUACUCUUUCUUGACCGCUAAAAAGCAAUUACAUCGUUCAAUUAUACGUAAUUCAACUGAAUAUGAUUUUCAGUUGAACUACGUCAUGAAGGUUAGUGGACACAUCAUUCUUUAUGCUACAUCGACCUAAGUGAUAUUUGUUAAUGUUUGUGACAAAUUUUAUGUUUGAUCCAAUGAGUACUAGACCAAUUUUGUUUACAAAAGGCGAAUUGCAAAUAUUCACGUUGUUAUUCAACAUAGUUGCCAAAUUAUUACUGGAGAGUUUAUUUACAAGGAUUGUUUGUGGUUAUUAUUCGAAAUUUACUUAACAAAAGUCUUUAAAGGGCAUAGAAUGCGUUCAAAAUUACAUUAAGCAAGUAUAUUGAGUUAUCAUCAGUUUAAUGUCUGUUGUAGUUCCGGGACAGUAAGCCUUUUAUUUUGCAAUAUGACAACGGUGUAGAGCAAGAAUCUUAGUCGGGAGUGCUGGUUCACUCAAAACGCGUGCUUGCAAACACUAUCCCCACUCAAUUUGGUGGGCGUCUCGCUCUUUCUACGGCGAUAGUUCUAUUUGUGGGACAACGGCGUAAGUAACAAUUGCCGUCAUUGAUUAUGUCAAUUAGCCCACAAUAUGGCAUUUUCUUGAGGCAAAAUUGGAAGUUUCUCCAUUUUUAUGAGCUGUAGCAUUUUAGUUUUUUCUUAAAUUAAAUUUGCUAGAUAAAAAUGCCCUGUCGUUAUUUCCAAGCUAUUCCUUAUUGUCUAAAGAAUUUCAACUAUCCAAUUAAAAUAUUUAAUUGCGUUUUGUAAAUAACACUGUUAUCUUCACUUGCGUCAAUGUACAGGAGAAGCGAUAUGUGUUUAACUGGAUUGGAAUUUUUCUAUACGUUAUUUGUUUUAAUAUAAUUUAUUUUUUAAAACAAUUUUUUUUUAAUAGUUUUAAUCCUCAUAAAAACUAUAUUUUAUAGGUGAAACUUUGAGCAUAAUAAAUGUAGAAAGAGCUGUUUUAUUUUAUUUACGUCUUUAAGAUUCAGAAAAAUAUAUUUGAAUGGAAG